UCCGAGCACUUCAUCCAUUCUGAGCCACAAACCCGCGACGUUCAAUGACCAUCCGCGCGCGUAACUUCUCUUCCAUUCACCAGAAUUGUUCGGCUGGCAUCCUGCGCGCUCUGCCUGGGCUUCUUCCCGGAGAAGAAAGAGAAAAACUCUGAUUCUUUGAGCGGGGUUAGGGUGUAAAUGUUGAAGCUGAAUGGCUGGUGCUCAGCCUGGCGUCCACGCGCUUCAACUCAAGCCGGUGUGCGUAUCGGAGAGCCUGAAGCGAGGCAGUAGAUUUAUGAAAUGGGAUGAGGAUUCAUCUACUGUGACCCCAGUGACGUUACGUGUCGAUCCGCAGGGCUACUUCCUGUACUGGACGGACCAGAAUAAGGAGACUGAACUAUUAGACAUCACCUACAUCAAGGAUGCAAGAACGGGCAAGUGCACCAAAACUCCAAAGGAAGCCAAGCUCAGAGAACUGCUGGAUGUGGGGAAUCUUGUGGGGCGGAUUGAGAACCGGAUGUUGACGGUGGUGACGGGACCCGACAUGGUCAACAUCCAGUACAUAAACUUCAUGGCCUUCCAGGAGGAUGUCGCCAAGGAGUGGGCAGAAGAGCUGUUUAGUCUGGCAUCCAACCUACUCGCUCAAAACAUGGGCAGAGAAUCGUGCCUGGAGAAAGUUUACACAAGACUCAAGCUGCAGCCCAAUCAAGAGGGGCGAAUCCCUGUGAAAAACAUAUUCCGUAUGUUUUCGGCUGACCGUAAGCGUGUGGAGACGGCGCUGGAGAGCUGUAAUCUUCCGUCCGGCCGGAAUGACUCCAUCCCGUUGGAGGAUUUAACUCAUGAAGUUUACAAAUCAUUCAUCAAUAACCUCUGCCCACGAUCAGAGAUUAACCAAAUCUUUGCCGAUCUUGGUGCGAAGAGCAGAAACUAUCUCACCAUGGAUCAAAUGACCGACUUUAUAAACAACAGACAGCGAGACCCUCGACUCAAUGAGAUCUUGUACCCUCCACUGAAGCCUGAGCAAACACAACUGCUCAUGGAAAAAUUCGAGCCCAACCCAGGAAUGACCCAGAAAGGGCAGAUCUCUGUGGAGGGUUUUGCCAGGUAUCUGAUAAGUGAAGAAAACAGUGUGAUUCCUCCAGAGAAACUGGACCAGAGUGAAGACAUGACAUUCCCCUUGUCUCAUUACUUCAUCAACUCCUCGCACAACACCUACCUCACAGCGGGUCAGCUCGCAGGUAACUCCUCCGUUGAGAUGUAUCGGCAGACGCUGUUGUCUGGCUGUCGCUGUGUGGAGCUCGACUGCUGGAAGGGUCGUACUGCAGAGGAGGAACCCGUCAUUACUCACGGCUUCACCAUGACCUCUGAGAUCUCCUUCAAGGAAGUGAUUGAAGCCAUCGCAGGGUGCGCUUUUAAAACGUCUCCUUUCCCCGUCAUCCUGUCCUUUGAGAAUCAUGUGGACUCUCCCAAACAGCAAGCCAAGAUGGCAGAAUAUUGCAGAUCGAUAUUUGGGGAUGCACUUUUGACGGAGCCACUUGAGAAAUAUCCUCUGGAGCCUGGUGUUCCUCUGCCGAGCCCACAAGAGCUCAUGGGAAAAAUCCUCAUUAAGAACAAGAAAUCCCACCCCAAACCGUCAGAUGGCAGUACGAAGAAAAAACUUACCGAGCAAGCGUCCAACAGCGACUCGUCCAGCGUAUUUGAGCCAUCCUCACCCAGUGCUGGACCUGCAGUGUCUGCAGAGGUGGAGGCUGAUGAAGAUGAUGAUGAAGACGACGAUGAUGAUGAUUGUAAGAAGUCCAUGGAUGAGGGUACAGCGGGUUCUGAAGCGUUUGCCACUGAAGAAAUGUCCACGCUUGUCAAUUACAUCCAGCCCACUAAAUUCCACUCCUUUGAGGUUUCCAAAAAAACCAAACGCAGUUAUCAGAUGUCCUCGUUUGUGGAGACAAAAGCCCUGGAACAGCUCACAAAGACACCAGUCGAGUUUGUCGAAUACAACAUGUUUCAGCUCAGCAGAAUUUAUCCUAAAGGAACCCGAGUCGAUUCCUCCAAUUACAUGCCUCAAGUGUUCUGGAACGCCGGCUGUCAGCUCGUCGCACUCAACUUUCAGACAAUUGAUCUGUCCAUGCAGUUAAACCUUGGCAUGUACGAGUACAAUGGGAAAAGCGGCUACAGACUCAAACCCGAGUUCAUGAGACGACCGGACAAACACUUCGACCCCUUCACAGAAAGCACAGUGGAUGGGAUCGUAGCUAAUACAUUAUCAGUAAAGAUCAUAUCAGGACAGUUUCUGACAGAUAAGAAGGUGGGAGUUUAUGUGGAGAUUGACAUGUUUGGACUUCCAGUUGACACAAGACGAAAAGCUUUUAAGACAAAAACGUCCCAAGGCAACGCCAUCAACCCUGUGUGGGACGAGGAACCUAUCAUCUUUAAAAAGGUUGUUCUGCCCACUCUUGCGUCCCUGAGAAUAGCUGUGUUUGAAGAGGGUGGGAAAUUUAUCGGUCAUCGGAUAAUUCCAGUGUCAGCCAUCCGACCAGGUUACCGCUACAUUGGUUUGAGAAAUGAAAAGAAUCAAGCGCUAACUCUUCCUGCUAUAUUUGUGUAUAUUGAGGUGAAGGAUUACGUACCCGAUACAUUCGCCGAUGUGAUUGAAGCGCUCUCCAACCCCAUCAGAUACGUGAACUUGAUGGAGCAGAGAUCCAAACAGCUCGCCGCUCUCACGCUAGAAGAAGGAGAAGAAGAGAAAGACACUAAAGAGGCAGAACCGGGUGUUGAACACCCCUCAGAGGUGAAAAGUGAACCCAAACCCGCCCCGGUAGAGAACGGACUGAGUCACACACCCAGUGCGGCUCCUAAACCCGCCUCGCAGAUCAAUGCACAGCCGCAGUCUACAGGCUCAACGAAACCAGCCACGAAGACUGAAGAUCUUAUCCACAGCGUCCUCACUGAGAUGGAGGCUCAAACCAUCGAGGAACUCAAGCAGCAGAAGAUGUUUGUACGGGAACAGAGGAGACACUAUAAAGAGAUGAAAGAUCUAAUGAAGAAACAUCACAAGAAGACCACUGAAAUGAUCAAGGAGCACACGGCCAAAUACAACGAGUUCCAGCACGAUCACCUUCGCAAACGAGCCGUCCUGCUGAAAUCUGCCAAACGAGACGGUAAGAGGAGGUGUUUGUCGUCCAGUCCGGAGCACGGGCCGUCGUUCUUCAAGCAGGAACUGGCGAACUUGGAUCAAGAGAGCGGACAGAAACUGUCAGAACUCAAAGAACAGCAACAACAACAGCUGCUGAACCUGCGACAGGAACAAUAUUACAGCGAGAAAUAUCUGAAGAAAGAACACAUCAAACAGGUGAUCGAGAAGUUGACCGUCAUCGCAGACGAAAGCCAGUGCAACCAAAUGAAGAAACUCAAGGAACUGUGUGAAAAAGAAAAGAAAGAGCUGAAGAAGAAAAUGGACAAGAAGAGACAGGAGAAGAUCAGUGAAGCCAAAUCAAAAGAGAAGCAUUUAACAGAAGAGGAGAAACUGGAGAUCAACAGGUCGUAUGUGCAUGAGGUGGUGCACCACAUUAAGAGGUUGGAAGACGCUCAGACAAAAAGACACGAGAAGCUUGUUGAAACACAUAAGAAUAUUUUACAACAGAUACUAGAUGAGAAACCCAAGCUUCAGAAUGAUCUAGACCAGGAAUACCAGGACAAAUUUCGACGACUUCCUCUGGAGAUCCAGGAGUUUGUGCAUGAAAGCACCAAGAGAAAGACUGAAGAUGGAGAUCAGGAAGUUCUGCCCUCAUCUGGCACGCUGGAGAAACUCAUGCAGAAGGGUGCACAAUCUGAAGAUGACACGGAAGAAGAGAAGAAAGACUGAUCAUACGAUGUCAUACAAUCUUCAGGAUUGCUUCCCAGUUCACUUUUACAUUUUAUCACUGACAUAUUAGACAUUUUAAGGGUUGUGUUUGCUGCAGAAGAUAUCAACGACAGACAGAAGGAGAGUUUUUGGAUGCAAGUCAUGGACGUAUGGCUCAAUGUAGGUUUUUUUAUGCAUUCAUGUAUUUUAUUUCAGAUUUUGUACAAACCAAGGUUUAACGUAUGAAUUAUUUCUAGUGUUCUGUUGGUGUGCUUCUCAUAAAAAUGAGUGAUUUAUAGUUUAAAGAGGGUUCAGGACAUGAGCACUGAUUUGUAAUUUCUUGCACUGUAUGGAGAAAUGAUUUUAUUGUACUGUAGAGAUUAUUUCACAUUUUACGAGUGAAUCUUACAAAACUUUUCGGUCAAUUUACCCUAAAACCAACCCAGGUCAUAUUUCACCCCAAAAACUAAAAGAAAAAAUUAUAAUAAAUAAUAUUUGUAAUUUAUUUUAGGAUUUCUUGCAUUGUGGCAUUAUUUUCAUGACAAUGAUGGUGUAUAAUUGUUUAACAAUUGCAUUAAUGUAUCAGUGUUUUUUCACAGUAUAGUAACAAAAAUCAUACAGUAUAUAUAGUAUGGCAGUAAUGAGAAACUGGGGUGGAAAUGUGCUAAAUUGGCAUGAAAAUAAUGUCAUAAUUGAAUUUUUAUUUUCUUUAAGCAAAAUAUAAUUUAUUAUUUAUUUCUUUUGGUUUAAGAUGAAAUAUGACCUGGACAUGUUCUAAGAAAUUAUAUUUUACUUACACAUAAGUCUAUUUUAUGACCAUUAGGAUUUUUAUUUUAAUAUUAUUAUUUUUUUUUAGGUUAUUUAUUUAUUUAUUUAUUUAUUUAUUUAUCAUGACCAUAAAGCACACCAACACAAAUUCUUAUUACUGCACAGUAAAAGAUACAUAUUACUAUACUAUACAAUUCUAUACAGUACUAUAAUUUUAUAUAUUAUUAUUAUUAUUAUUAUUAUUAUUAUUAUUAUUAUUUAAUUUUUUUUUUUUUUUUUUUUUUUUUUGCAUAACAAUAAGGAAAGUGAGAUUUUAUAUUACAGUAAUGAGAUGUGCGUAUUUGUCAUGAAAAUAACAUCUUAAUGGUUUUAAAAACAGGCCUUAUUUACCAUGUGCAAAAUGUAAUUUCUUAUUUCUUUCUUUUGAUUUUGAGGUGAAAUAUGAUCCCCAACAUGUUCCUGACAGCUUUUGUGAGAUUGACCCGUACAGAUGUGAAAGUCUAUGGAAGGUUCAUGGUUUAUUUGCACUGAAACGAUGAUGAUAUUUAAUUCAUCUGAUUGCAAAAGCUGCUGCUGUUGGUUUCUUUUGAUUUUGAGAGCUGAAGUUCUGCUGUGCAUAUUAAAGGAGCCCAUAACAGGUGAGUUUACACCUGCAUGGAUGUAUAUUAGACACAUAUUGGUCUGGAGGUGCUGAAAUUCAGUUUUCAGGGAUGCAUGACUACAGUAAGCGAGUGCUACGUGCUUCUACACAUUUGUAAAUGUCAGCAAUAUAUAGCUUGUAUUGAAAUGUGGUAACUAUUAUCAAUUUGUGAAGAUGUGUUUAAAGCUAUAAGAAUUGUUUAUUUUUGGGAACCAUAACAAACAUAAACACCUUUAUUAGGUAGUUCAAAAAAAAGUUAUAUUUGCAUAUAUUUCUGUGUUUUAUUUGCCGUAUUAAGGGACCAUUUUUAUUCCUCCCAUUUUCUGUUUAGGAGGGUUUAUGAAACUACUGCAGUUGUUUAAUUUGUAAGUACAGUGUGUCAUAUGGGCAAAUGUUUCCAGUUAGCAUAAAAAAUAGGUAAAAUAGGAAUCUCAUGAAUAUAUGUCCAAGUCACAUUUCACCCCAAAAUCAAAAGAAAAAAAUAAAUAAAAUAAUUUUAAGCCUUUUUCGUUCCAUUAAAAUGUUUUGCACUGUGACAUUAUUUUUCUGAUAAUAAUGCAUAUUUCUCCGCCAAACUCCGGACAUUUUACUUUAAUGUAGUACAAUGAUAUUUUUGUUUAAUAAAACAUCAUAAAAGAAGUACAAAAAACUACUUCUGUGAUCUAUAAAUAUUUUACAUAAAAUCUAUAAUAUAUUUGCUUAAAUGUCAUUGUCAAAAAACAAAACAACAAAAAAUAAUAUUUUAUUUACAUUUAUUUUCUAUAUUUUUAUUUAAUAUAAAUGUGUUUAAAAUUAUAUAAAUACAACUUCAAAUAUUUUUUGGUGUGAAAUAUGAUUUGGACAUGCUUGUAACAGAUUUUGUGAGAUGUACAUUAAAUAAAAUAAGUAAUGCAGAUAUAAAAGGCAAAAAAAUAAAAAAUAAAAAAAUAAAUAAAUGGAUAUGCACUUUGGAUGUCCCGAGGUAUUUUCAUCAUUAUGCAAUGUUUCUACAUGAGUCAAAAAGCAUGUAAUAUUUCCUUUUUAAUACUUCACUUUGUUUAGAUAUGGAUGUAGGACAUAUUUAAAGAUUUUAUGCCAAGUGAAAUUUGAUGGUGAAUUAUUUUCUACAUAAUGCCAUAAUUCUUUAAUUUGUAGUUUCUUUAUGCACUUUGGUGAGAUAUUAUUUUUCCCUGUUAUUGGUAGCUUUUAAUUGAAGUUUUAAAGCUAUCUGCUCUGAUUGGGUUAGUUGUGCAUUACAAGUUCAGUUAUUUAAUUAACUUAAUAUUCAUUUUCUGCAUAUUUGCAAGGUUUUGAUAUUUUUGCUCAAUUGCAAUAUGCGAUCUAUGUGAACCACUGAAAAAAGUGCCACCAUUAUAAAUCAUAAAACACACAAAUGAUCAAACCUUGCAUAUGUUUGUUUGGUCUAUUUACUGACUAAACUAUUCGUUUUACUGUUUCCUUUAAAAACGGUCUUUAUGAAUUCAUUGGAAAAACAGCUAGACUUUCUCAUUAAUUCACUGACUUAAUUUGCCCAUUUUGAAUAGUUUAAAAGUGAAAAUGAAUCAUGUAUAUUCACUUCUAGAAGUAUUGUAUGGAAUUUUUACAACACUAUUCUGUGCCAGUGUUUCCUUUCGACCAAAAUCUUUUUGCAAUGUAAGAUUACUUGAAUUACUUUUAUGACUCCAAUGAUUUUUGAUCGUUUUGAAGUGAAGUCCUGUGCCUUUGAAUGUUGAAUCUCUGUUAGAUGUGGAAUGUAAAAAGUGUUGAUGAAUAGAGCUCAUUUUUGUAUAAACCGUAAGCGCACUUUUAAGAUGUUUAUACAGAAUUAAGAUAGAUAUGACGUGUCAAACUGUUGAACAUGUAUGCUACUGAAUGCCACUUUUUUUAUUUUAAACUUUUGUUUCUGUUGACAGAAAACAUCCUGAUUUUUAACAUUUAAAAACAUUUGGUUUUGUCCAGUUUUGUUGUUAGUAUCACAAAUAUCAACAUCUUUGGAAGACAUAUAUUGUUGAAUGUAAGUUGUGCUCGUGCUGUGCAUUUGGUUUUAAUAAAAUUGUUCUUGUGAAA